CCGAGCGGAGCGGCCCCGCCAGCCCCUCAGUUUUACAUCUUUGUGUGUCCCUCUGUUUCAUGAAGAUGAAGAAAAUGGUUGCAUGUUUCCUUCUGCUAUUUGCACACACUCUGCUUUCCACUGUCAUGGCAAAGGAUCUCCCUGGAAGACAUUUUACUCGAAGAAGGGAUGUUAACAGACAAUCUCUACUGGAAAACUCUUGCAACAACAAACGUCUGGACCUUGUUUUCAUCAUUGACAGCUCUCGCAGUGUGAGUCAUUAUGACUUUGAAAAAGUGAAGGAGUUCAUUUUGACCAUCUUGCAGUUUCUGGACAUCAGCCCUGACGCCACGCACGUGGGUCUGAUUCAGUACGGCAGCACCGUCAAGCAGGAGUUUGCACUGAAGACCUUCAGGAGGAAGCAGGACAUCGAAAGAGCCGUGAGGAGGAUGAUGCACCUCUCCACUGGCACCAUGACUGGACUGGCCCUGCAGUAUGCAGUGAACAUUGCAUUUUCAGAGACAGAGGGGGCUCGACCUCUGAGGCAGAAUGUGCCCCGAAUUAUCAUGAUAGUGACAGAUGGGAGACCUCAAGAUCCUGUGGCAGAGAUUGCUGCUAAAGCGCGUAACUCAGGAAUCCUAAUUUUUGCUAUUGGAGUGGGAAGAGUGGAUAUGAACACUCUGAAGUCCAUUGGGAGUGAACCACAUGAAGAACAUGUGUUUCUGGUUGCUAAUUUCAGUCAGAUUGAAACAUUGACCUCUGCCUUUCAAGAUAAACUUUGUGUGCCUCAUAUGUGCAGCAUAGUUGAGCAUCACUGUGAUCACUUCUGCAUAAACACCCCUGGCUCCUACUUAUGCAGAUGUAAACAAGGAUACAUUCUGAAUGCUGACCAGAAGACUUGCAGCACUCAGGACCUUUGUGCUGUGGAGAAACAUGCCUGUGAGCAGAUUUGUGUGAACACACCUGGGUCCUAUGUCUGUCAGUGCUAUGAAGGGUAUGAGCUUGAUGCAGAUGGAAAGAGCUGUGUUGUUGUGGACUACUGUGCUUUGGAUAACCAUGGUUGCCAACACGAAUGUGUUAACACCGAGGACUCCUAUUACUGUAGAUGCCACCCAGGGUUCAUUUUAAAUCCAGACAAAAGAACUUGUGGAAAACCAGACUAUUGCUCUCUUCAGGACCAUGGUUGCGAACAGGAAUGUGUUAAUACAGAUGAUUCCUAUUUUUGUCAAUGCCAAGAAGGGUUUAGACUUAAUCCAGAUAAGAAAACAUGCAAAAGAGUGGACCACUGUGUUGAAAGCAACCAUGGCUGUGAGCAACUGUGCCUAAAUACAGGUGACUCCUAUGUCUGUCAGUGCUCUGAAGGAUUUGUCAUCAAUGAGGACCUAAAAACCUGCUCACGAGUUGACCAUUGUGCUCUUAGUGAUCAUGGCUGUGAACAUUUGUGUGUGAAUGGUGACAGAUCUUAUACUUGUCAGUGUUUCGAAGGAUACAGGCUCCGUAACGAUGGGAAAACGUGUAAACGUAAAAAUGUCUGCAAAUCAGUCAACCAUGGCUGUGAGCAUAUUUGUGUUAAUGCUGACAAUUCCUAUGUCUGCAAGUGUCGUGAGGGAUUUGUACUGAGAGAAGAUGGCAAGACCUGCAGAAGAGAGGACAUCUGCAAAUCAGUCAGCCAUGGCUGUGAGCAUAUUUGUGUUAAUGAAGAUGACUCCUAUGUUUGCAAGUGUCAUGAGGGUUUUCUGCUGAGAGAAGAUGGGAAAACAUGCAGAAAUAAAGACAUUUGCAGUUCAGUUCACCAUGGCUGUGAACAUGUUUGUGUUAAUGCUGAUGAGUCCUACAUCUGCCAGUGUUAUGAGGGAUUUGCACUGAGGGAAGAUGGAAGAACAUGCAGAAAUAAAGAUGUUUGCAAUUCUGUUGACCAUGGCUGUGAGCAUAUUUGUGUGAAUACUGAUAGUUCAUACCUUUGCCAGUGCUAUGAGGGUUUUGUAUUGAGGGAUGAUAAGAAAACAUGUAAAAGUAAAGACAUCUGCAAAUCAGUCAGUCAUGGCUGUGAACAUCUUUGUGUUAAUAAUGAUGAUUCAUACACUUGCCAAUGCCAUGAUGGAUUCGUACUAAGGCAAGAUGGGAAAACAUGCCGAAGCAAGGAUAUUUGCAAAUCAGUCAACCAUGGCUGUGAACAUGUGUGUGCUAGUGCUGGUGAUUCAUUUGUUUGUAAGUGCCACGAGGGAUUCCAGCUAAGAGAAGAUGGAAAAACUUGCAGAAAUAAAGAUCUUUGCAAAUCAGUCAACCAUGGAUGUGAACAUGUUUGUGUUAAUUCUGGUGAUUCAUAUACCUGCAAAUGCCAUGAUGGGUUCCUGCUGAGAGAAGAUGGGAAAACCUGCAGAAACAAGGACAUUUGCAACUCAGUUGACCAUGGCUGUGAACAAGUUUGUGUGAAUACUGAGGAUUCCUACAUCUGCCAGUGUCAUGAAGAAUUCAUACUGAAGGAAGAUGGCAAGACAUGUAGAUAUAAAGAUGUUUGCAACUCAGUCGACCACAGCUGUGAGCAUAUUUGUGUUAAUACUGGUGAUUCCUAUGUCUGCAAGUGUCAUGAAGACUUCAUACUGAGAGAAGAUGGAAAAACUUGCAGGAGUAAAAAUGUCUGCAAAACAGUCACCCAUGGUUGUGAACAUGUCUGUGUUCCAACUGGAGAUUCAUACAUGUGUCAGUGUCACAAGGGAUUUAUAUUGAGGCGAGACAGGAAAACAUGCAGGAAUAAAGACCUGUGUAAAUCCAUUGACCAUGGCUGUGAACAUGUGUGCAUUAAUACUAACAACUCAUACAGCUGUCAGUGCCAUGAGGGCUUUGUCCUGAGACAAGAUGGGAGGACAUGUCGAAGUAAAGAUGUCUGUAAAUCAGUUGACCAUGGUUGUGAAUAUGCUUGUGUUAAUAAUGGCGAUUCCUAUAUCUGCAAAUGCCAGGAGGGAUAUGUACUAAAAGAGGACCAGAAAACAUGCAGAAGAUGCACUGAAGGCCCAAUUGACCUGGUGUUUGUGAUUGAUGGAUCAAAAAGUCUUGGAGAGGAUAAUUUUGAAAUUGUAAAACAAUUUGUCUCAGGAAUCUUGGAUACACUUGAGAUUUCACCCAAAGCUGCUCGAGUUGGUUUGCUUCAGUAUUCCACUGAGGUUCGUACAGAGUUUACAUUAAAGCAGUUCAGCUCAGCCAAAGACAUGAAGAAAGCUGUGUCACAAAUGAAAUACAUGGGCAGAGGUUCCAUGACAGGACUGGCACUGAGGCAAAUGUCUGAGAGAAGUUUCACAGAGACAGAAGGAGCAAGACCAUUCUCAGCAAACGUGCCUCGAAUCUCCAUUGUGUUUACGGAUGGGCGGGCCCAGGAUGAAGUGUCUGAGUGGGCUACCAGAGCAAAGCAGCGUGGUAUAAUCAUCUAUGCCAUUGGAAUAGGAAAAGCAAUUGAGGAAGAACUGCUGGAAAUUGCUUCUGAGCCAUCAUAUAAACAUCUCUUCUAUGCUGAGGAUUUCACAGCUCUGGAGGACAUAAGUGAAGAGCUAAGAGCCCAAAUCUGUGAAGCCUUGAGAGAGUCACCUCACCAGCAGGAUGCAUCAUCUGGGAGGCUUCACAGGACUGGUCCACAGCCUUCAGGACCUGAGUCAACCACAAUAGCCAUCACAGAUGUCAUUGACUGUCCACAUCUUGCAGUACAUCACAAGUAUCUUUUUGAAGACAGUCACAUCCACUCAACAACAGCAAAAGCCUCAAAAGACAAUGACCAGUGCAAAUGUGAAAACCUUGUGACAUUCCAGAACUACGCAACCAGUGAAGUAAGAAAACUCACCCAGCGAUUGGAAGAAAUGACGAAGAGAAUGGAAGACUUGGAAAACAGACUAAAAUACUGAUGAGAAUUUGAAGUGUAUCCUACACUGUAUAUUUAUACAUACAAACUUGUCAGAGCUAUUUUCUUAAACUGGUUCAAAAAAAAUAACAUCUUUGUGUCUGAAGUUGAAAAUAUUCUGGAUCCUUGCAUUCAUAUGCCAUGUGUUGUCUUGCAUUGAUUGCAGAUAAGAAAUGCUGAUAAUUUUAUAUAAACAAUUUAGUAACUAGCAGAAGUUCUAAUUAAGCAGAACAAACUGAAAUAAGCUAUGCAAAAUAAUAAAAUGGUGUUAUUUUUUGAAAUGAA